AGAAAAGUAAACGAAAAACAAGCACUCGUCACAAAUACAAACGGCGCGCAAUUCGCCUGCUCCUUCGACCUGAGUUCCCCGCGGCGUAGUGGCGUACGAGCGAACCUUCUAGAGCUUCCUUCUCUGCCCCGUCGACACCGCCGCGGUGGCGCCGCCCACGCCCCAGGCGCCGGUCCUCUCCCGCCGCAAGCCCGCCUCCGCCGAGGCGAAGCCGUCGGAGGCAGCGACCACCAGCCUCGCCGGCGCCCUCGCGCGGGAGCGGAUAAGGCGCCGCGGUGAGCGGGAGGAGGAGCAGGAGGCCGCGCCGUUCUGGCAGAGGACCUGGUUCCUGGCUCUGCUGCUCGCGAUGGCCGCCGCGUCGUUCGCGCUCGCGCUUGUGCUCUACCUCGGCCUCGACCUCCCCGAGGCGUCGCCGUCGCAGUCCUACGCCGCCGACUCGGACAGCACUGUGGAGAUUUCCUACGGAUCAGUGAUCAAGUUGAUGCAUGAGAGGACCAAGUUUCGGCUGCAUUCCCACGACGUGCCGUAUGGAUCUGGUAGCGGCCAGCAAUCGGUCACCAGCUUCCCCAAUGUGGAUGACGCCAACAGCUACUGGAUUGUGAGACCUCAACCGGAUACUUCAGCAAAACAAGGUCAUGCUAUAACACCUGGAACAAUCGUCAGGCUUCAACAUAUGAGGACUAGAAAGUGGUUGCACAGCCAUCUGCAUGCUUCUCCCAUUACGGGGAAUCUGGAGGUUAGUUGCUUUGGUGGUGAGGGUGAGUCAGAUACAGGAGACUAUUGGAUGCUCGAGAUUGAAUGUUGCGGGGCAGAUUGUAGGGGUGGUCUGAUCAAUUGUGUCUGUCAUUCCACCAAAUGAUCAAUUGUGCCCCGUCAGGAUCAAUUGUGUCUGUCAUUCCAUCAUCACGCAUUGUACAACAUAUAUAGCGCUAGAGUAGUUACUGGCGGUGGGAAAACAUGGCGUCAAAACCAACGAAUUCGGUUGCGCCAUGUUGACACUGGUGGCUAUCUACACAGCCAUGACAGAAAGUAUACCCGCAUUGCAGAUUGUAGGGGUGGUCUGAUCUUCAUGAAUUGAAACGGGGAACAAGGAAGAGCACGAAGCACAAAGAUAACUAGUGUAGCCCAUUUAGUGAAGCACAUAUUGGCAGCAAACAUCUUGAUUGUCAACAACACUCUUUCAAUUUUUAAUAAUUCAAAGGUUGACAGUUUGAUCCCAAA